AUGUCUCUGAAAAUGUCUCAGAUUUUGGUGUCUGCUCUGCUGUUUACAGCUUCCUUUUCAGGUGUUCUCGGAGCACCUUUUCUGACAGAAGAAUCAGCAAAUCAAUUUAUACGACUGAAACGACAGAUACUAUUUUCUCAGAACUACUGGGACCCAAGCAGCAGUCAGAACGCAUGGGGAUAUAUCGUAGCUGAUCAGGUCAGUAAAUCAUGGAGAGCUUUAAGAGACACAGCACAACACUACAUGGGCUUGAUUCCUUUUGCCUUUGAUCCUUCAAUUUCCAGUGACAACAUUAGAUCUUACACGGAUAUGCACCAGGAGUCUGGGACUCACUGCCAGCAACAGACAAGGAUGAGCUAUUAA